AUGGAAGGCUGGCAGGCUGUCGGCCUUCUCCUCGGCGUGUUGCUGCUUGAUGCUCCUCAUUACAGCAGCAGCGAUGCUUCGCCGGCCUUCUCCUUCGACUUCGACUUCGCCAACACGUCCAGCUACAGCGCAAAGGACUUGAAAUUCGAGGGCGAUGCGGCCGUGCACGGCGGCUUCGUCGACCUCACCUGCAACGACUAUGUGGUCGACAUCUCGCAGUGCAAGGCUGGUCGGAUGUCGUACAAUCACCCGGUGCGCUUCUACGACCAAAACACCAAGGAGGUGGCCAGCUUCAGUACACGGUUCAGCUUCAGAAUCGUGGGCCCAGUUAAAAGCGACAAGAAAAAGGGAGAUGGUAUGGCUUUCUUCCUCUCAGGUUACCCGUCGAACAUGCCGACAGAUUCACAAGGCGGCAACCUCGGUCUCAUCUCGAAUAAGAUCAUAUCUAGCUCCGGCCCGAAACAAUUUAUAUCCGUCGAGUUUGACACAUUCGUCAACAGCUGGGAGUCUCCUAAGCAAACUGGUGACCAUAUGGGCAUCUACAUCAACACGGUCACUGAAGCUAAAACUACUCAGUUGUUAAACUUCACAAACGGGACCAUGAACGCGUUCAUCACCUUCAACAGCACGACCAGCAUGCUGGUCGCAUCCCUGAAUAUUACUGAGAAUCCUAACUAUCACUAUAAUGUCAGUGCAAAUCUAUCAAAUCCUCGGGACUACCUCCCGUCGGACAUAGCGGUGGGCUUUUCUGCUGCCGUAGAUGUAGCUUUCGAGGUCCAUCAGAUACUCUCAUGGUCUUUCAACUCAACUCUUGCUGCUCCAGAAAAAGGUCAUGACCAUAAGGCCAUUACAGUAGGAUUGUCGAUAGGAGGACCUCUCAUGUUUGUGUUCCUGGUAUGGUCUAUUCUCUCGUGGUGGAAGUGGAGAAACACAAACCUUGAGUUUGACAAGGGAACAUGCGGCGUAAGGCGAUUCAAGUACCACCACUUGGUUGCUGCAACGAACCAUUUUUCCACGGACAAACAAAUUGGAGCUGGCGCUUUCGGCGAAGUCUACAAGGGCUGGAUGAAAGAACUGGGUCGUGAAGUAGCCAUAAAGAAGAUCCUGAAGGAGUGCAGAUCAGAAGGAAGCAAGGACUUCUUUGAUGAAGUGAAGGCCCUCAGUAGAGCGAAGCAGAAGAAUCUCAUCGAACUUCUUGGCUGGGGAAUGAAACAGAGCUCGAGCGUCAAAGAUUUCAUGCGCUGGUGUAGGCAGAAUAAGACUGAAGUUUUCCUGGUUUAUGAAUUGGUGGAUAAUGGCAACCUACACACGCACCUGCACGAGGAGGCCGCAGCAGUGUUACCAUGGAGAAUGAGGUACAAAAUAGUGAAGGACAUCUGCUCCGCUCUGAUUUACCUUCACCAUGACAGAGACCCAUACAUCCUGCACAGAGACAUCAAACCUAGCAACAUACUCCUAGACAAAAACUUCAACGCCAAGCUAGCAGAUUUCGGGCUGUCCAGAUCAGCUGACAACGGAACAUUUCAAACGUCAAUGGUUGUAGGCACAGCAAACUACUUGGACCCAGAGUGCAUGAAGACGGGAAUGUUCAACCGUAGCUCAGAUGUCUACAGCUUUGGGCUCGUUCUGCUGGAGAUUGCUUGCAAGAAGGAUGAAAAUAGCUACGCACAAGUCUGGCAGAGGUACAUUGACAAAACUCUGAUGCUGGCUGCUGACGACAGGUUGCAAGGUGCGUUCGACGAGAGGCAGAUGGAGCGUGUCAUCGUCCUGGGGCUUUGGUGCUGUACGCGUAAUACUGUUAUGCGCCCAACUAUGGAGCAAGCCAUGGAUUUCCUGGAGCAUGACUUGCCGUUGCCUCAACUUGCCAAGCCUGAAGCCUCCGAUCUAGUAAUACUGACAGUUGAUAGCACGGGUCUAGAAGCACGAUCAGUCGACCUACGUUAA